AUGAGCAAAGCAAAGUCACCGACUCAGGAUCUGAGCAAUUAUAAGCGUUGCGAGAAAGUAGGCGAGGGUACGUACGGAAUCGUCUACAAGGCAAAGUACAAGCCCACUGACGAGUUCGUCGCGCUGAAAAAGAUCCGUCUCGAGGGGGAGGAAGACGGCAUUCCGCCAACGAGUCUGCGCGAGAUUUGCGCGCUCAAGGAACUCGCCCAUCCCAACAUCGUCAAGCUGGUCGACGUGAUCCUCGAGAAGACGAGAGUCUACCUGGUGUUUGAAUUCCUCUACAUGGACUUGAAAAAAUACAUUGACAACCAGAAAGAGGAAAGCAGCCGGAUAGACAAGUCGCUCACGAUGAGCUACUCCUACCAGCUAUGUCAGGCUCUUGAGUUCUGCCAUGCGCGGAGAAUAGUCCACCGGGACCUCAAGCCUCAGAACCUGCUGAUCGACAAGCAAGGGCUGAUCAAAAUCGCCGAUUUCGGGCUGGCGCGCGCAUACAAAAUCCCGUUGCGCCAGUUGACCCACGAAGUUGUGACGAUGUGGUACCGCGCGCCAGAGAUUCUGCUUGGAAAGGAGGUCUACUCCACUCCGGUGGAUUGCUGGUCCUUGGGAGCUAUCAUCGGUGAAAUGCUAACGAACGUUGCCGUGUUCCCGGGCGACUCUGAAAUCGACCAGCUUUUCAAGAUAUUCAGAGUUCUCGGGACACCGAAUGAGUCCAUCUGGCCGGGAGUCACUGAUCUUCAAGAAUUCAACUUGAACUUCCCGAUCUUCCCGAAAGGCGAAAUUCCGAAUCCAGAUCGCUUCGACUUGCCCUCCAAAGCAUUAGAUCUGGUGCUGAAGAUGCUCGUCUACGACCCAAAGAAACGGUUGACUGCGACUGGCGCACUCCGUCAUCCCUUCUUUGAAAAGCUGGACAAGACGAUCUUCCCUGGAUAUCAUUGUCCAGCAGUUCCUCCUUUUGACGAAAAGGCUUCGAAGGCAAAUGCUAUCAGAGGUCUUGAAAUCGUCAAAUCAUGA